AUGGAUGCCAGUUUUUUUGUUGCAAGAACAGUGUGGAAUAAGGGUGACUAUACAACAAGGUGUAUUCGAAAAUGGGGAGAUAGUUAUAUAGAAUCAGGUGAACUUUUUUCUUACCAUCAAGGAAAACAUAAAAAAGUCAUAGGUUUGCUUGAAAAUGAAGUUUUCUUAAAUGGAUGUCGAGAAUGGUUACAGAAGCAAUCUCUGGAGUUCUGCUCUUCUAAGGCUCUAAAGAUGCAUAUUGAAGAAGUGUUAUUACCAAAAAUAAAAAAUGCCAAAAAUAUCAUUUCAGAAAAAAUGUGUCGAAUAUAUAUGCAUGCUUUGGGGUACAAGAUGUAUAUGAAAGAUUUUGUUGAUGAUAUAUUGGAGAUAGUAAUAGAGCCCGAACUCGAAUCUGAUGAAAGAGAAUUGGUACAAGUGACGCAUGAUGAAUGUCACUUUUAUGCAAAUGACGGACAGCUUAAAUUUGGACCAGAAAAGAUGAAGAUAUUUUACGUCCAAAACACAUGGGGCGUUCCAUAA